AAAUGAUGGAUGGAAUAACAAAAGAAGUCUUGGAACCCUCUAUUAAUGGAAAAAUUUAACUUGUAUAAAAAUGUGAAGGAGAUACUGAUAAAAUUUAGAUAACUUCAACAGAUAGUAAUUAUACUUUAGUUUACCUUAGAAUACCAAGAAUCGGACAGCUUUAUGAAUAAUUAGGAGGACGAUUGUGGUAAUUAUUUGAGUUGUAUAGUUACAAGGUUUUGGAUAAUAGCUCGAGUUUCACGAUGAAAUUGUUUAAGUUGUAGAUAUUUUUGACAAAGAAUUCGUUUCAGCUGGAGAGGUUCUGAGCAAAAAUUUUGAAGAAAUAAAUCUAGAGCUCCAAAAUCCACCUAAUUAUGGGGUUGGAUAGGAAUCUAACAAUAAAUAUUAAUAAAUAUUUAACUAUGGAGAUUUUGAUGAUGGUAUCUAUGUGAAACAUAUUAAUAAGAUCAAAAUUGUUCUCAAUAAGAACAUGAAAUGGUAAAUAUAUAGAAUAAUCUUGUUUCAACCAAAGUGUAUACGAAAAUUCCUGGGGAAACCAAGAACCUUCCAAAAUGUCUAGCUCGACGCAUCCAAGACUACAUAACAACUAUAGUACAAGAUUCCGAAGAUCCUGAACUUAAAAACACAUUAAAUAAUCCAGAAAUCAAAAGGUUCCUUGAUAUGAAACCUGAGAAAAUCUCCAAACAAAAACUUGAUCUCUUCAUACAAAGUGAUAUUGGUAGUAUUUUUUGUAAGGAAUUCUUUGGAAAUUGUCUAUGGAGUUAUGGAAUAACAAAGGAGGGCAAAACAAAUGUAGAAACCUGCUUUAGAUACAACAUUUAAUAUUUUACAAAAACAAUUAAGAAAAGAAAACUAAAUUGAUGGCUUUAAAGAGUAUUUUAAUUUAUA